AUGUCAUUCAACGAAGUUCUCACAUCACUGGCUGCAUUUCAAGUGACAGCCAACUUGUUGCGUUUCUCUGUCCUCAUCUGUUCAUCCACCUCUGUCCACUGUGCUCGCAGUAGCAUUUUUCUCUCUCUGGAGCAGACGAACACAUUUGGAGACCAAACCAAAACUGUCAACAUCUCGGAGAACAAUAAACCUGAUGCUGUUGUCAUCAAUGUUGGACAUUUUAUGGGGAAGCCAAACAGUAUAUACAGAUUUGUUGAAAAGUAUCCUGACUUCAACAUUCAUCCUACCACAGGUGUCAUUACAACGAAUAGAAGUUUUGACCGUGAGGCUGGAGAUCGGCGCUUUGUCCUGAGAGCUGAGGCCAUAAGUGAUUCCUCUGACACUUGUCAUAAUGUCGAGCCAGAUCAGGCUGGAAAUGGAGUAAUGGGUAUCAAAUUGUUGUUUUUUUCCACUGGUUUUCACUCUGUUCUAUCCUGUUCAUAUCUAUCUAUCUAUCCUGUUCAUAUCUAUCUAUCUAUCCAUCCUGUUCAUACCAAAAACUCUGUCAAAAGUUCUAUCCAUCCUGUUCAUAUCUAUCUAUCUAUCCAUCCUGUUCAUAUCUAUCUAUCUAUCUAUCUAUCUAUCUAUCUCUCUGUUCAUAUCCAUCUAUCCAUCCUGUUCAUAUCUAUCUAUCUAUCUCUCUGUUCAUAUCCAUCUAUCCAUCCUGUUCAUAUCUAUCUAUCUAUCUAUCUCACUCUGUUCAUAUCCAUCUAUCCAUCCUGUUCAUAUCUAUCUAUCUAUCUAUCUCACUCUGUUCAUAUCCAUCUGUCUAUUGUAAGGUUGCUUGGAAAACAAUGCUGGUCACCACCAAUUUUCUAG